AGCAGGUUGCUUCAAAGUUGAGGGGCCCUGAUGGAAAAAGCACUGUCUCCUAUAGCCUUGAAUUUGGAAUCACAAGAAGAGCCUAAUUUUAUCUGCAUUUUACAGUCAGUAGGCCCUUUUCUUGUAAAUCAGCAUGCUGUCACUUGUUUGUUUGCCCUAUCUUUAUGAGGAAGUCAUACAGAAACUGAAAGAAUAAGUAUAGUUAUAAAUGUGGUCAUCCUGAAUGCUGAAGUCACAGAGUGAACGGAUUGACACUGAGUCCGAGCUCAAUCCAGGUUAGAGAUAACCAAAAGAAGAGAAAACAGAAAGGAUGGGUUUUGGAGACAUCAUGAGAGUGGAAACUACUGGUGCAUCAUGGCAAACUGCACAACAGGACAGGCUUGGAUACUCAGGUGUAGAGGCAUCUCACACCAUGGCACAGACGGAUGCUGAUCGAAUGAACAAGUUCAGGUCUAUAAUUAAAAGAGUGGGUGCUAAACUUGGGAUAGACCCAGCUCUCAUUGCUGGCAUCAUCUCCAGAGAGUCCAGGGCUGGAAAUACAAUAAAGAAUACUGGUGGCUGGGGAGACAAUGGCAACGGCUGGGGACUGAUGCAGGUUGAUGUCAAUCCAAAUGGAGGUGGCCACACUGCACAGGGAGCAUGGAACAGUGAGGAACACAUCAGCCAAGCCACUGGGAUCUUGGUUUAUUUCCUUGGGCGGAUAGGCAAAAAAUUUCCUACCUGGAACAAGGAGCAGCAGCUGAAAGGUUUGCUUCACAGAACCUUCAGAAUGAAACCUGCACAACUCAUUUAUGAGUAUUCUACCUGGGUCUUAAUUGUGUUUUUCUCACCAGGAGGGAUUGCAGCCUACAACAUGGGGGAUGGAAGCGUCCAUUCCUAUGACAAUGUUGACGGCAGUACAACAGGUGGAGACUACUCCAAUGAUGUUGUUGCCAGAGCUCAGUGGUACAAGAAGAACCAUGGCUAUUAACAGUUGAAGCUGUUCAUGUCAAAAAGUGUUCAAAUCAUGAAGGAAUAGCUCUGAUUUAUUUUCAAUAUGAUAACCUCAAUAAAAACAAUGCAAUGACA